UAAACAUAAAAAUGAUACUAGGCGGCAGAGCAGAGGAUAAAUAUUUGAUCCGACGAAGCAACCUCUGUCUGUCUCCGUCGUCGAUGACCUCCGUCUUCAUCAGAGCCGAUGCGGCUCCUAUCGCAGUCUCUCCCUCCCCUGCGAUGGAUUGUGGUUCAGGAGAUAUUUGCACAUGUCGGUUGAUUCUUUGUUCGUAUUUUGCAGAUACACUACGCCUAUAAGCUGUUAACAGAUAUAGAAAUGGAGAAGGGUCUAUCCCUUGUAUGGCAUUGAGAAAACAUCAAUAAGUUGUUAGUCCUGUAUCUUCACUCAUUUUCGUCAUUCUGUUGCAGCGUUCUGAAAAAUGAAUAAACAUUUCUUUUGUUUCUAUAUGAAAACAAAUUGACUGCUUUUGAUAGUUCCAGGCUUGCAGCAUGUUCAGUUUACUAAGUGGCUUAUUUACCUUCUUUAGUUCUAACUCUUGAAUUCGUUUUUAUGAUUUCUUUUGGAUCAAACUUGUUAGUACAUAAAAAAUAUUUCCUUAGAGCUCUCAACCUCGGUUUAUAUGGCAACACGUUUCAAAACUCUGCGUCUAAGUUCCAAGGUAUCAAGGUCAUGGCUGAUUCAGGAGGCCCUUCUGAUUGUUGACUUGACUUGAUCUCUCCAUCGCUACUAGUCUUCCUUCGGGAUCCUGCCAAAAAUCUGAAAUUUCAGAGCCGUGUAGCUCAGAGGGAUCUACAAAUCCUGUGAGUAAGAAAGUCUUCACUGAUUAUGGUUAUUAUUAGACUGUGUACGGUUUAAGUGCCAUCUUCAGGUCUCUCUCUCUUUAAGUGACAUCUAGAGAAGGAAAAGUGAAAUGGUUCAGGAUGCGUUGAGAAUCUCCGGAAGUGGUGUAGGAGGACUUCCGACAACGGCUGUAUCUAAUGGUGGAGGGAGAAACCGUGGCUUGUUACGCGGUUGGCAGGUCCAAAAUACCUCAAUGAACAUCAAAAUCAUGAUUCUCUGCGGCUUCGUGACUAUUCUCGUCUUACUUGGUACAGUCAGUGUUGGGAACCUUGGAAGCUCCCCCAACGCUGACGCUGUCAAUCAAAGUCUCAUCAAGGAAACUGAGCCUAUUAUUCUUGCCGAGAGCCCAUCUGAUUCGGAUCAUCCGACCGACUUGAAGGAGCCGCCGAAACCUGAGGCUAGUCCUCCUACUGACUCGGAGGAACCGCCAAAACCUGAGGCUAAUCCUCCUACUGACUUGGAGGAACAGCCAAAACCUAAGGCUAAUCCUCCUACUGCCUUGGAGGAACAGCCAAAACCUAAGGCUAAUCUUCCUACUGCCUUGGAGGAACAGUCCAAACCUGAGGCUAAUCCCAACGUGACGUACACUCUAGGACCCAAGAUCACUGACUGGGACAGUCAACGCAAGGUAUGGCUGAAUCAGAACCCUGGGUUUCCUAGUAUAGUCAACGGCAAACCUCGAAUCUUGCUUCUCACCGGGUCUUCUCCAGGACCCUGUGAUAAACCCAUUGGAGACUAUUAUCUACUGAAAUCAGUCAAGAACAAGAUUGAUUACUGUAGGCUCCACGGGAUAGAGAUCGUGUACAACAUGGCACAUCUAGAUGAGGAACUCUCAGGGUAUUGGACUAAAUUGCCUAUGAUUAGGAGACUGAUGCUGUCUCAUCCGGAAGUAGAAUGGAUUUGGUGGAUGGAUAGUGAUGCUUUGUUCACUGAUAUACUGUUUGAGAUCCCCUUGUCUCGGUACGAGAAGCAUAACCUGGUGAUACACGGUUAUCCGGACUUGCUGUUCAACCAAAAGUCAUGGGUUGCGUUGAACACGGGUGUUUUUAUGUUGAGGAACUGUCAGUGGUCACUGGAUCUGUUAGAUGCUUGGGCUCCAAUGGGACCGAAAGGUCCUGUCCGCGACGAAGCUGGGAAGGUACUGACAGCUUAUCUGAAAGGUAGGCCAGCUUUUGAGGCGGAUGAUCAGUCAGCGUUGAUAUAUCUCCUGCUUUCGCAGAAGGAUAAGUGGAUGGAGAAGGUUUACGUUGAGAACCAAUACUAUUUGCACGGGUUUUGGGAGGGUUUGGUUGAUAAGUAUGAGGAGAUGAUGGAGAAAUAUCAUCCGGGACUGGGAGAUGAGAGAUGGCCGUUUGUGACGCAUUUCGUGGGGUGCAAACCGUGUGGCAGCUACGCUGAUUACGCAGAGGAGAGGUGCUUCAAGAGCAUGGAGAGAGCUUUUAAUUUUGCAGAUAACCAAGUGCUAAAUGUGUAUGGAUUCAGCCACAGAGGACUGUUGAGCCCCAAGGUUAAGAGGAUCAGAAACGAGACGGUUUCUCCGUUGGAGUUUGUAGACAAGUUUGAUAUCCGCAGAACGCAUGAGGAAACCAAACCAUGAAGUGAAUCAUAUACAGCUUGACGAAACUUGAGUAAAAUGUUAUAGGUAACAAAGAACACUCACAAAUCAAAUGCAAUUUUUUGUUUUUGUUUCUGUUUCUUGUGCGUUACUGCAUGUUUUUCAGCUCUACUAAUUUCUUAUUCGAUAGAUAACUUUGUCAUUUUUAGUCAAUGGGGGUGAUAGUUGAAUUGUAACUA